AUGGGCGGCGAAAGCAAUUUCAACCGUGCUGUUGUGUACACCGAACCCGGAACGACCAAGACGGAGGUUGUCGAACUCCCGAUACCGACACCUGGGCCCGGCGAAGUCCUCGUUCGACUACUAUGGCUUUUGCAUGAACGCUUUCUCAUCAGUGCCGUUCCCUACACCAAAAGGUGGGAGGUCAUGAAGGUCAGUCGUCAUCUCGGCUCGUAUUCUGACUCCGCAAAGGAAGCAUACGAGAGAGUCGGCGAGGUCGUUGCUGUUGGUGUUGGUGUAACAACACCUGCCAUUGGGCAACGAGUAGGUAUCAAGUAUGCCGCAGAUGCGUGUCUUAACUGCGAUGGGUUGGACUCAGCCGAAGCGGCUCCGUUGAUGUGUGCGGGCGUCAGCGUCUACACCGCACUGAAGCGCGCUGACGCCCGCCACGGAGACUGGAUCGUGAUUGCCGGUGCCGGCGGCGGCCUCGGCCACCUCGCGAUCCAGUACGCCAAUGUUCUCGGCUGCCGCGUCUUGGCGAUGGACCUCGGCAUCAAGGAAAAGUUCUGCCGCGACCUCGGAGCCCAGGAGUUUGUCGACUUCACAUCCUUCCCCACCGAAGAAGACCUGGCGAACGAGAUCAAGAGGAUCACCGGCGGCGGCGCGAGGAUUGUGUUGAUGUGUUCGUCAAACAAGAAAGCGUACAUCCAGUCGCCGAGAUGGUUGGGCUUCCGCGGCAAACUUGUCUGCUUGGGCGUUCCCGAACACAGCAGUCCGGCCAUCGGAGAGGUCGAGCCCAUGCUCUGCGAUGAGCUGACCAUCUUUGGCGUCAAAACGGGUAACCGUCUCGAAGCCAAGGAAUGUCUCGAAAUCGCUGCACGGGGCAAGGUCAAAACUCACUUUCAACUUCGGCGCAUGAGGAGCUUGACAAAGAUAUUUACUGAGAUGGAGUCCGGGGAAAUACAAGGUCGCGUAGUCAUAGACCUGAAGUAA